AUGUUGGGGACAAAAUCAGGAUUUCAAGUUUGUGUGAAAAAGCGAGCUCCAAAAGUGAAAGGCAUUCAUUGUAUGAUCCAUCAUCAGGCACUGGCCUCAAAAACACUUCCAGCUCCGCUAGGGAAGGUUUUGGAGCAAACAAUUCAAAUUGUGUAUUUUGUCAAAGGAGGAGCUCUCAACUCACGACUUUUCAAGCAGUUAUGUACCGACAUGGAUGCAGCCCAUCAUUUGCUUCUUUUCCACACAAAUGUUCGAUGGCUGUCAAGAGGAAAUGUAACUGAGCGAAUAUUUGAGCUUAGAGAUGAGCUCAAAUUAUUUUUUGAAGUUCAGGGUAAGAUGGAAUUUUUUGCCUGGCUGGAUGAUGAGGAAUGGAUCAUGCGCCUUGCCUAUUUGGUUGAUAUUUUUGAGCAGCUGAAUAAACUGAAUCUUCAGAUGCAAGGAAGGAAUACAAACAUCAUAAAAUUCAUGGAUGCCUUGAAAGCUUUCAUGAGCAAGCUGGAAAAUUGGAAGAGAAAGGUCAAUAUAAAAAAUGUUGCAAUGUUUGAGAAAAUGUCAUCCGUUCUUGUUGUUGUUGGUGAAGACAAGGUGCUUCCACAAUUUGCAAAAAAUUAA